AUGGCAAUGUCACUGCGCGCAGCACGGCUGCUAGGUCGCCGGCAAUUCGUGUGUCGACAAUCGAGCCUCUCGCUUCGCACCGCGGCCACCACCCAAUUACCCCGAAUCACACUCGCUUCACGCUCCUUCUCCACGACACGAUGCAGGCCUGGCACGCCAGAUGUGUUCCAUUCGCUCAAGGAAAGCCCCGCAGCGAACUUCCUAUCCUCGCUCCAGGAAACACCAAAAACGCCACAGACGCUUACAGAGAAGAUUGUGCAGCGGCAUGCGGUUGGCGUCGCAGCGGGCAAAGUGCUGAGGUCGGGCGACUAUGUGACUUUGCAACCACACAAGUGCAUGACCCAUGACAAUUCAUGGCCUGUCGCGCUCAAGUUCAUGGGCAUUGGCGCCACCAGAAUCAGUGAUCCGAACCAGAUCGUCAUGACACUCGACCAUGACGUGCAAAACAAGACGGAGAAGAAUCUGAAAAAGUACAGCCAAAUCGAGCAAUUCGCACAGAAACAGGGCGUCGUCUUCUAUCCGGCUGGCAGAGGCAUCGGCCACCAGAUCAUGGUGGAAGAGGGCUACGCUUGGCCAGGAACACUCGCGGUAGCCUCGGACAGUCACUCGAACAUGUAUGGCGGUAUUGGAUGUCUGGGCACCCCCGUGGUACGAACAGAUGCCGCCAGCAUCUGGGCGACAGGAAAGACGUGGUGGCAAAUACCACCCGUCGCAAAAGUCACACUCAAUGGCAAGAUGCCCCUGGGCGUCACGGGCAAAGACGUCAUUGUCGCUCUCGCCGGUCUCUUCAACAACGACGAAGUCCUCAACCACGCCAUCGAGUUCACGGGGACAGAUGAAACCCUCGGCAGCAUUCCAGUAGAUGACCGCCUCACGAUCGCAAACAUGACCACGGAAUGGGGUGCUCUGACCGGCCUGUUUCCCAUUGACUCGAUCCUCCAUGGCUGGCUUCGAGCGAGAGCUACGCUGGCAGCCAUGACCGAAGGAAAUGUCAAGGAUCACCACAAGAAGCAGUUUCUGCACGAACGCAUCGAUGAACUCUUCACAGCGACUGGCAUCGUCGGACAGCAGCUAGGGCACAUCUUCAAGCCCGCGUUGGCUGCUGACAAGGGUGCCGUCUACGCCAAGGAGCUCUUCCUCGAUCUCUCCACCUUGUCGCCAUACGUCUCGGGCCCCAACUCCGUCAAAGUGGCCACACCGCUCGUCGAACUCGAAAAGCAGAGCAUUCCCAUCAACAAGGCCUACUUGGUCUCAUGCACCAACUCUCGAGCUUCUGAUCUUGCUGCUGCUGCAAAUGUGUUCAAGGAUGCAGCUAUUCUGAACGGAGGCAAAAUCCCCAAGAUUCCAGAACAUGUCAACUUUUACAUUGCUGCUGCUUCGAUACCAGAACAAAAGGCAGCUGAAGAGGCGGGUGAUUGGCAGGCCCUCCUAGAUGCUGGUGCUCAACCGCUACCCUCUGGUUGCGGGCCAUGCAUCGGUCUCGGCACUGGUCUCCUCGAACCCGGCGAAGUGGGCAUCAGUGCCAGCAAUCGUAAUUUCAAGGGUCGGAUGGGAUCACCAGAUGCCAAGGCUUAUCUCGCCAGCCCUGAAGUCGUGGCAGCAAGUGCGCUAUCCGGCAAGAUUUCUGGCCCUGGCUGGUUUCAAGCUCCCGAGGGCUACGCAGGUGUGCGCCGUGGAGAAGGCGAUGGCAUUCCGGAUGAAAAGCGUAUGAUGACGAUUGAAGACAUGCUCGAAAAGGCCAUCAAGGACGCCGAGGCUGCUAUCGACACCUUUGACGCUGAUGAGCGCGCGGAGCAGACCAGCAACACCACCACCACCUCCACCACUGAGCCUGAGACCCUAACUGAGAUCCUCCCCGGCUUCCCCGAAAAGAUCAGCGGAGAAAUCGUCUUCUGCGACGCCGACAACAUCAACACGGACGGCAUCUACCCCGGCAAAUACACCUACCAAGACGACGUGACGCGCGAAAAAAUGGCCCAAGUCUGCAUGGAAAACUACGACCCGGGUUUCAGCCAGACGGCCAGGGCGGGUGACAUUCUCGUGUCCGGCUUCAACUUUGGCUGCGGCAGCAGCCGCGAACAGGCCGCCACCGCUAUUCUCGCAAAGGGUAUCCCCCUCGUCGUCGCCGGCAGAUUCGGCAACAUCUUCAGCCGCAACAGCAUCAACAACGCGCUCAUGGGCGUCGAGGAGUAUGGUGACGGUGCAGGAGGGGCUCGGUGGCGCUCAGUGGAGUGUCAAGGUUGGGGAAUUGCCUCCUAA